UCUUGUUCCUGAGGCACAGAGGGACAACAGAGUGCCUUAACCACCCUCACCCCCACCCGCCAGGAACAGAAAGCAACACAUUAUCAAGUUUGAACUGCAGACAAUGCUGAUUCACUAUGAUAUGACAUGAGCCAGGACAGAAGCUUGUGAUGACCUCCCUGCAACAACACCAGGAAAUCAUGGCUCGGGCCCCCAGCGUUAGUGGGUCACUUCUGGUGCUGCUCCUGCAGCUUGUCCUCAUUUGCUCCGCUCAGAGGGAUGAUGGGCCUCCUGGCCCUCCUGGACCUGCAGGUGUCCCAGGAAUUGAUGGCAUUGCUGGGGAAAGGGGAGCAGAUGGCGAGGAUGGUCUUCCUGGACCUGACGGUGAUGCAGGUAAACCUGGCUCUUCAGGAUUACCUGGAAUUCCAGGAAAUGAUGGUUUGACUGGCCCUGUUGGAGAUCUUGGGCCCGACGGUCCCCCUGGACAGAAAGGUGAACCUGGAAAUCCUGGACCUCGUGGAUCACCUGGUGUUGGGCCAGAUGGACCUCCUGGACCACCUGGGCCUGGAGGACUUCCAGGUGAAAUGGGAAAAGCUGGGCUACCUGGGGCCAUGGGUGUGAGAGGGCCACAGGGACCUCGUGGACCACCAGGGCCCAGAGGUGCAAGUGGAAUGCUAGGCAGUGCUGACCUGUGUCCAAACUCUUGUCCACCUGGGAUAUCUGGACACCCUGGCCUUCCUGGCAUGAAGGGCCACAAAGGUGCAAAAGGUGAAGCGGGAGAGCCUGGGAAGCAAGGCCACAAGGGUGAGGAGGGAGACCAGGGAGGUCCAGGAGAAGUUGGAGCCCAAGGACCAAUGGGUCCUCAGGGAAUUCGUGGAGCCACUGGAAUGAUGGGCCCCAAGGGAGAGAGGGGAGCUCGAGGUCCUGAUGGAAGUCCAGGUCCUCAGGGUGUCGCAGGAUCAACUGGGGAUCAGGGCCAGAGAGGUGUGAUGGGCGAGGUCGGGCCAAAAGGUGAAAUGGGCAUUCAAGGGCUGAGAGGAAUCACAGGCCUUCCAGGUCCUAAGGGAGAGCCUGGAUUACCAGGUGUGGAUGGUCGUGAGGGUAUUCCUGGGAUGCCAGGGACAAAGGGAAGCACUGGGAAACCAGGAGCUCCAGGAGAGGUUGGCCUUCUGGGGCUUUCUGGUUUGCCUGGUGCACCUGGACCAAAAGGCUUGAGUGGCCCUAAGGGAGAUGCUGGUGAAGCAGGCUUCCCUGGACCAUUGGGAUCUGCUGGCAAACCAGGUGAGCGUGGGGAGCAGGGAGAGGUGGGACCACUUGGACCCAUUGGGGAGCCUGGAGAUACAGGAGAGCAAGGCCCUCCCGGUCCACCGGGCAAGCUAGGUGCCAGGGGACCCAAAGGUGACCCCGGUCUUCCUGGUCUUCCUGGUCCUCCUGGCCUUCCUGGGGUGAAAGGAGAGCGGGGAGAACGUGGAGAAGCAGGACCCAAAGGAGAGCAGGGAGUACAAGGUGAUGAGGGAAACCCUGGAGACAAAGGGGAUACUGGUGAACCAGGGGAUUCUGGACCUAAAGGAGAUGUUGGCAAUCCUGGCGAGCCUGGUAAAAGAGGUCCCGAGGGAAAUCGAGGCCAACCUGGCAUUGAGGGGCCGCCUGGCUCACCUGGACCCCGGGGCAUGCAGGGAAACAGGGGUCUACCUGGAGCUAGAGGGUCCCAAGGUCCUGCGGGUAAAGAGCCAAGUGAUCAGCACAUUAAACAAGUCUGCAUGCGUGUCAUGCAAGAACAGUUGGCCCAGUUAGCUUCUAGUUUAAGGAGGCCGGAGUCUGGUGCACCUGGUUUACCUGGAAAACCUGGACCUCCAGGGCCUCCUGGGUCUCCUGGAGACAAUGGCUUCUCUGGGCAGGCAGGAGCAAGAGGCCUUCCAGGGCUCAAAGGGCCACCAGGACCUAUGGGAGUAAAAGGACCUAAAGGUGAAAUGGGAGACAGAGGCUCCAGAGGGCCCACUGUGCGGGGACCUAAAGGUCAACCAGGACCUCCCGGACUCCCUGGUGAGCCAGGCAAACCUGGCUAUGGUCAGGAUGGUCGAGAUGGUCAGAGGGGACCUCCUGGUGUUCCUGGACAGCCUGGUGUGCCUGGGCCUCCGGGUGCAGCUGGUCCUAAUGGGUACUGUGACCCAUCAGCGUGCAACCUCCAGGCAGGGGUCGCUCACCAGUCUCUGGAUGUCAAGGGACCUGCAGGGAACUAAGAGCCACUCUGGCAGAGACAGAAAAACUGCUGGAUUAUCUCCCCUGAGCACACAAGAUUUUUCACACUUUCUUCCCAGAGACUGUGGUUGCAGCUGCUCUUGUGAGCAUUUUGCGCCAGACACUUCUCCAUCAGAAGGAACCAGCCAUGAAAAAAAUGACAAAACAUUGGGUUUUUUUACAUUCAAAAAAAAAAAUUCUAGCCUGUUCUGGUGUGAUUUUCUACCUGAGGAAUGGUUUGAUUUUUUUCAGGACAGUGUGCUCACAUUUCAGGGAUGAUAUGAAAUGACUAAAAAUGUUUGUUUAUCCACUCUCCUGGUACCUCUGCCUGCAUUUUCCUUUUAUGUGCUCCAUUUAUACUGUUUUCUUAAAAAAAAGCUCCUACACUUUCUCACAGAACAUUUCAAAUAAUCAUCCAAAGUAAUCCAGGAUUGUAUCGGUUAAAGUGCAUUUUUGCAGUCAUUUUGUUCUGUAUGUGCUAAUGUACCAAAGAAAAACCUGUUGAAACCCAAUUUUUUAGUGUAAAUUUCUGCGUCUGACCAUAUUUUCAGCCGAGCAGCUCAAAAUAAAAUGGAAAGAGGAUGAAAAUGUCAUCAAGUCACAGUGACUUCAGAUUAUAUUGUAAAUCUGUAAAAAUGUUUUGGUGAAUUUUCUUUCUGUCACAGCAACCUCAUGUGUGCUUUAGGCUCAUUGUACAAAAUGUACAGAACAGAGUGCAGUUAUGCUUUUAUGGAAAUAUAAUUUAAGGAUGAGGAAAACCCUCAUUAACAAUGAACAAAUAACAAAAACAACAGAUGUAGUGUUUAAUUUAUUCUAUGUAUUGGUUUUAUUGUUGAUACAUUUUGUGACAAGUAUCCGGAAAAGCAAAAUCAUUGUCCUCAGUUGUUUUUCCAAAACCCAUUCACCUAAAAUAAAAACUCUAAAAUAUCA